AUAGAUCCACCUGCCUCCUCGCAACUUACAACUCUCCCAUGGAACUGACCUCUCUCCCCUAUUUCCUCGUCUUCAUUUCACUCUUCCUCUUCCUCUAUCUUUAUUUAUUCCCUUCACUCAACAAACCCAAGCCAGCCAAUGGCUUCACGCUCUACCCCAUACUCGGAACUCUACCGGAACUCAUCCGAAACCGUCACCGCUUCCUAGACUGGAUGACCGAAGUCCUCAGCUGCUGCCCCUCUCAGACAUCCGAAUUCCGCCGCCCCGGCAAGCUCCCCGGCAUCAUCACCGCCAACCCCUUAAACGUCGAACACAUGCUCAAAACUAACUUCGAAAACUACCCGAAAGGCGAUCGAUUCAUACCGCCUUUCAAAGACUUUCUCGGCCACGGAAUCUUCAACGUGGACAGCGAUCUCUGGAAGCUCCAGCGCAACACCGCGCUGUACGAGUUCAACACGAGAUCGCUGCGAAAAUUUUUUAUGGAGACCGCAAUGGUGCAGAUUCAGACCAGGUUGAUUCCAACCCUAAAGGAUGCUGCCCAAACUAAACAUGUUUUAGACCUUCAAGACAGUUUAGAGCGAUUCGCAUUUGACAACGUGUGUAUGUUGUCUUUUAAUGUCGAUCCGGGCUGUCUCGGCUGCAACAACGACGUCAACAAUGCUUUCAUGCUUGCGUUUGGGGAUGCCGCAAUGCUUUGCUUCGGAAGGUUUCUGUAUGCAGUUCCAUUCUUCUGGAAGGUCAAGAGGUUUCUCCAGUUGGGAUCGGAGCGGAGGUUGAGAGAAGCCGUCAAAACAGUUCAUGAUUUUGCAGAUGGAAUCAUACAGUUGAGAUUGGAAAAGAAAACGGAUCAGAGCGGAGAAGAUUUACUAUCCCGUUUUAUGAAAAACAACGAAAGCUCGCCGGAGUUUCUACGAGACAUCGUUAUCAGUUUCAUUCUGGCGGGCAGGGACACGACGGCUUCGGUUCUCUGCUGGUUCUUCUGGCUAUUAUCGUCGAGGCCGGACGUGGAGGAGAAAAUAUUGGAAGAGCUGAACGCAAUACGACGUCGUAGCGGGAAACGUAUGGGCGAGGCGUACUCCUUCGAUGAGCUCCGAGAAAUGAAUUAUUUGCAUGCAACGCUGUCGGAGACGAUGCGGCUGCACCCGCCGGUGGCGGUAAUGCAGAAGGCGUGUAUUAGCGACGAUACUUUUCCAGACGGAACUUUUGUGGGGAAAGGGUGGUCGGUGACCUACAGUUCGUAUGCGAUGGGGAGGAUGGAGAGCAUAUGGGGGGAGGACUGCCGUAAGUUCCGGCCGGAACGGUGGCUGAAGGACGGAGUGCACCAGAACGAGAGUCCGUUUCGGUUCCCGGCGUUUAAUGCUGGGCCGAGAACGUGUCUGGGGAAAGAAAUGGCGUAUCUACAGAUGAAGUGCGUUGCAGCGUCUGUGCUGGAGCGGUUCGAGGUUGAUGUGUUGGAGAAGAAGCGUCCGGAGACCUCAUUGUCCAUGGUUCAUAGGAUGAAGGGUGGGUUGCAUGUGAGGGUGACUGAGAAGUUCGUGGAGUUUGCUAAUUCCUGUUAAGAUUGCUGGGGUGGCAAUGUCGCUGGUCCUUUUUUUUUUUUUCUUUUGUUCUUAAGUUUUAAUAUUCAGUAAUUAAAUGCCUGUCUCCUUGUUAGUGGCAAAGAAUUUUAUACAAAAGAUGAUAAAACUUUCUAUUGUUACACAGGGAUGGACCCUACACGGUUGGGGUGAGAUUUAUCCAAUGAAUGUGUGAAAAAUGGUUGAUA